AUGCUGCUCAUCCUACUUGGAGUGCUCAUCUUGCACCUCAUCAUCCUCAUCCUUCUCAUUGUGUCCACAGCAGCAAGUGCCUGGACUGUAGGUGCCGACAUCAGCAAGGACCUGUGGUACAACUGCUUGACCACUGACGUCUCAUACCAGUGCACUCAGGCCAGCAAUGAAGAUUGGAUCCAGGCAGUGCAGGCCCUGAUGAUCCUGGCCGUGCUCUUCUGCUUCUUCUCGCUGGUGGCGUUCGUGUUCCAGUUGUUCAAACUAGUGAAAGGCGGACGCUUCUUCUUCACCGCCAUCUUCCAGAUUUUGGCCAGUCUGUUCGUGAUGUGCGGCGCCAUCAUCUACACGGUGAUGAGAACGGACGACGUGCCCGAGUCGCAGUUCGGCUACGCCUACGUGCUGGCCUGGGUGGCGUUCCCUCUCAGCCUCAUUAGUGGUCUCAUUUACAUCGUGCUGAGGAAGAAGGAAUAA